AUGGAUGAAGCUCUUAAUAAAGAACUGCCAAACCAUGAAGCUAGUGUACUAAGCAACUCUACAAGUAAUGAAGAUACUCAAUCAACUUCUGUGUCGCCUGAAAGACAAACAAUGAGUGUUCCGAGCAAUAUGUCUCCGAAUUUGAGUGAUGUACACACAGAAAAUCGACGAAAUUCUUCUGAUGACAAUGAUGAUGAUAGGAAUGGUAAUAGAGAUGUAAAUGAUGGAUUUUUAGAUGCUGAAGAAGUUAUGAUGCAAAGACAUGCUAUGCUUAAUUCUGCAAUGGUAUCCCAAGAAAGUGAAUCCGCUUUCAGUUGUAAAUUUCCGGGAUGUAACUUCAACUCUACCGAUGUUGAAAUGUAUCUUAAGCAUGAAGAUACUCAUAUUGAUGGUGGUUCUGUUGUGUGUGAUGUGUGUAAUAUUCGUUUCGCUACAUAUGCCAGUAUGAGAAGACAUCGUUUAUUGCACUUAGGUGUACGUCCCUUUGAGUGCCAAACUUGUUCGAAGCGUUUUCUAAGGAAAGAGCAGUUUACAGAGCAUGUGUUAAGGCACUCAAAGCAUAGGCCAUCUAUGCGAAGCAAAGACUAUCGAUGUCCUUUUUGUAACCGUAGUUUCAGUUUUCGACCUCAUUUAAAAUCUCAUCUUACUUCUGAGCAUGCUGGAAUUGUUUUGGACAAAACAUGUCAUUUAUGUGAUUUUAAAGCUUCUUCCCCAAAUGGUGCUAAAAUUCAUUUUGCUAUGUGUCAUCUGAAGCAAAGUUCUGGGACUGAAUCUGAUAAUGAUAGAUCUCAGGAACCAAUUAGAAGCUCUCAAGUUCCAGUUUCAGCAACAGAAAAUGGUGCUAUAGAUUUAGCAACAGUUUCUCAAAAUUUCACCUUCAUUCAGGCAGCACAUUAUCCAUCAUAUUCUAUUUCAUCAGGUGACAGCAAUGUAGCUGUUCCUGGUCCUUCUGAUCUCAGUCGUACAGCAUCAAAAGUGAUUCGCAUGGCUACUCCAGCUCCUGGACCUACUGCUGUGGUCCCUAGUACAAUAGAGCAGAGUGUUGGUAUGCCAUUAGUAGAUGAGGAUCGGCAUGCAUGUGUCAGUGCAUUGGCUGGUUCAACUACAGUUGUCAGUCCUCCCACUAUUUGUCAGGACAAAUCUUGUUGUCGGCCAGAUGUACCACAUCAUGAACUUCCUCCUCGUGAAAGAAUCUGUGUUAAACCUGAGCCAUCAGAACUUGCAGUUGAUGACAGCCAAAGUAGCAAUGUUCAGCCAACAAGUACAAUGGAUUUGUCUACUACAGAUGUUGUAGGAACUACUAGCAUGUGUAAUGAAGCUUCUGGAUCAUCGGAAAUACCAUGCAGACGUAAAUUUCAUAAACAUUCUUCGGGUGAUGAUUCAUCUGAAAGCCAUAACUCGCCAACUAAUCGAUUCGAUUCUCAUGGUGCACAAGUUUCAAAUUUGAGAAUUGCUCAUACAUGUUUCAGGUAUAGAGGACAGUGUGAAGAGCAUGGAAAUCGGCGCUGUCCUGAAUAUUCCCGUCACACUUGUGGAUCCCAUAGGCACAGUUCUGAGAAACGACCACGAUUAUCUGAAAGUGAAGGAGAUAGAAAUGUUCAGAACGACCAUUCAGACUGUGAAGAACGCAAGGUUUUUUAUAACCGAGCAACUUCUACCAAUGCUCUUAUUCAAACUGACUUACCAAUGCCUAGAACUGUACAUCAGGGUACGGCUAUGCAUAGUAGCACAGUUGCAUGUGCUUCAGAACCUAGAGUAGAUCCUGCAUUUUUUGGGCGUAAAAGCACAAUAGUUAUUCGUGAUAUUGAAAGCUGUACACUUACAUGUCCUUAUUGUGGCAUCAUUUUUCCAGAUCAAACUUUGUAUUUAUUGCAUCGUAGUUUACAUUCGGAAACAAGCCCUUGGAAAUGCAAUUUAUGUGGCAAAAGUUGUAAAGACAAAUAUGAUUUUAAUUCUCACAUUAUCAGUAAAGGUCAUUAUUGA